UCUACUCUUCACCCCUCCCUCGCUCUCUCCCAGUUUCCAUCUAUCUCCAAGUAAGAUGCUUUUGUUUCCUCCACCUCUCCCAAAUCGAUUCCCUUCAGUUUAUAUAACUUCUCCAAUCGUCCACCACCACCACCACCACCUUAUCUUCCAACCACCACUCUCCGCCACUUCGACCACCACAAAUUUCACCGACUCCUCUCUCUCUUACUCAAAACGACUACACUAUGCUUCACAAAACGAUAUCGAAGGCUCUAGUGACGACGACGUUCUCCCUCUCCAAAGCCGCCGUUAUGACUUCACUCCUCUCCUCGACUACCUCUCCAAAAAAAUCACCACUUCCACUGACUCUGACUCAGCCUCAUCCUCUCCCACUUCACUGGACCUCACCGAGUUCCAACUGGCCGAGUCAUACCGAGUAGUCCCUGGUCCACUCUGGCACUCUCUAUUAAAAUCUCUCUGUACUUCCUCUUCCUCUAUUGGUCUCGCUUACGCUGUCGUUUUAUGGCUACAAAAGCAUAACCUCUGUUUCUCUUACGAGUUGCUGUACUCUAUCUUGAUUCACGCGCUUGGUCAGUCAGAGAAACUAUACGAGGCGUUUUUGCUCUCCCAGAGGCAAAAUUUGACCCCAUUAACUUAUAAUGCCUUGAUUAGCGCCUGUGCACGGAAUAAUGAUCUUGAAAAGGCGCUUAAUUUGAUAACUAGAAUGAGGCAGGAUGGUUAUCCGUCGGAUUUUGUUAAUUAUAGUUUGAUAAUUAGGUCGUUAAUGAGGAAAAAUAGAGUUGAUUCUGCGAUUUUGCAAAAGCUUUAUAGGGAAAUUGAGUGUGAUAAGCUUGAACUUGAUGUGCAGUUAUCAAAUGAUAUAAUUGUUGGGUUUGCGAAAGCUGGUGAUUUGAGUAAAGCGUUGGAGUUCUUAGGUGUGGUUCAAGGUAGUGGAUUGAGUGUGAAAACUGCAACGCUCGUGGCUGUUAUUUGGGCUUUAGGGAAUUGUGGUAGGACAGUGGAAGCGGAGGCGAUUUUCGAGGAAAUGAGAGAUAAUGGAUUGAAACCGAGGACUAGGGCGUAUAAUGCACUUCUUAGAGGGUAUGUGAAAGCAGGUUUGUUGAAAGAUGCGGAGUUUGUUGUUUCGGAGAUGGAGAGGAGUGGUGUUUCGCCGAAUGAACAGACUUAUAGUUUUUUGAUUGACGCAUAUGGGAAUGCGGGGAGAUGGGAGAGUGCGAGGAUCGUGUUGAAGGAAAUGGAAGCAAGUAAUGUGCAGCCUAAUGCAUAUGUUUUUAGUCGGAUUUUAUCAAGUUACCGGGAUAAAGGGGAGUGGCAGAAAUCUUUUCAAGUUUUGAGGGAAAUGGAGAACAGUGGGGUGCGCCCUGAUAGGGUAUUUUAUAAUGUUAUGAUUGAUACCUUUGGCAAGUUUAAUUGUCUUGAUCAUGCUAUGGCUACCUUUGAUAGGAUGUUAUCAGAGGGGAUAGAACCUGAUACAGUUACAUGGAAUACCCUAAUAGAUUGUCAUUGCAGGGCAGGGAAGCAUGAUAGAGCGGAGGAGUUGUUUGAGGAAAUGAUGGAAGGAGGGUACUCACCUUGUAAUACUACAUUUAACAUUAUGAUUAAUUCAUUUGGGGACCAGGAGAGAUGGGAUGAUGUGAAGAAUUUGUUGGCACAUAUGCGAAGUCAGGGUUUAGUGCCCAAUUCUGUGACGUAUACUACCCUCAUUGAUAUUUAUGGGAAAUCAGGGAGGUUUAAUGAUGCAAUUGAGUGCUUGGAUGACAUGAAGGCUGCAGGAUUAAAACCUUCCUCUACUAUGUACAACGCGUUGAUAAAUGCCUAUGCACAAAGGGGUUUGUCUGAGCAAGCUGUAAGUGCAUUUAGGGCAAUGAGGGUUGAUGGUCUAAAGCCUAGUCUCCUAGCUCUCAAUUCGUUGAUCAAUGCAUUUGGUGAGGAUAGGAGGGAUGCUGAAGCCUUUACAGUGCUGCAGUACAUGAAGGAAAAUGACUUGAAGCCAGAUGUGGUUACUUAUACAACACUUAUGAAAGCUCUGAUUCGUGUUGAGAAGUUCGAUAAGGUUCCAUUUGUGUAUGAAGAAAUGAUUUUGUCUGGUUGCACUCCAGAUAGGAAAGCUAGAGCAAUGUUACGCUCUGCUCUGAAAUACAUGAAGCAAACACUAGAAUUGUAGAUGAGAAGCCCAAGCUAUCCACCCAUACCGAAAUAUGAGAUCAUUAUUAUAUUCAAAUUUGAUUUUCUUGUUUGAGGAAAUACUUCAUACAUGCACAUCCUCACAAGACUUGCAAAGGGGUUCUGCUUCAGGAGCUAAUGGCUGUCUGCAUCCAUAAAGUGUCAUAUAGUUGAGAUAAAAAACACAGGAUUUGAGGAAACCUCCUCCCUCCCUCCUCCCAUUUGUUUAACUGUUAAUAUUUUUCUCACCGCACGCCAUGGUAAUGAGAUACGUAAUUGUUGCCAGGGUUAUUUUCUAUAACUGCAUAUAUCGUUCUUGUAUCCCAACAGAAAUAAAAAUACUGUUCAUGAUUCAAUGAUUAAAUACCACCCUCCUGUCUGUGACGGGAAAUUUCAACCAAACAAAA